GGGAGCAGCGGAGCGGGCGGCCCGCGUGACCCAGCGCCCGCGCCCCGCGCCCCGGCCCCGCCGCACGAUGCGCGCCCCGCCGCCGCUGCUGUCGCCGCUGCUGCUGCUGCUGCUGGCCGCCCGCGCGCCGCCGCCGUGCGCCGCCGCCGCCGCCGCCGCGCCCGCCUUCCCGGGCUGGGAGCCGCCGGCCGACGCGCCCUGGUGCCCCUACAAGGUGCUGCCCGAGGGCCCCGAGGCGGGCGGCGGGCGCCUGUGCUUCCGCAGCCCCGCGCGCGGCUUCCAGUGCCGGGCGCCCGGCUGCGCGGCGCACCCCGCGGCCGGCGGCUCGCUGCGGGCCAGCGUGCUGCGCAACCGGAGCGUGCUGCUGCAGUGGCGCCUGGCGCCGGCCGCCGCGCGCCGGGUGCGCGCCUUCGCGCUCAACUGCUCGUGGCGCGGCGCCUACACGCGCUUCCCCUGCGAGCGCGUGCUGCUCGGCGCCGCCUGCCGCGACUACCUGCUGGCCGACGUGCACGACGGCGUGCGCUACCGCCUGUGCCUGCAGCCGCUGCCGGCCGAGCCCGGCCCCGACCCCGGCCCCGGCCCCGAGCCCGGCCCCGACCCCGGCCCCGCAGCCGCCGGCCCCGGCCUCGACCCCGGCCACGCCGCCGACUGCGUCGAGUUCGCCGCCGAGCCGGCCGGCAUGCGGGACAUCGUCGUGGCCAUGACGGCCGUGGGCGGCUCCAUCUGCGUCAUGCUCGUGGUCAUCUGCCUGCUCGUGGCCUACAUCACCGAGAACCUCAUGCACCCGGCCUUCGGGCGCCCGGGCCUGCGCCGGCAGCCCUGAGCCCGAGCCCGAGCCCGAGCCGCCGCCGCCGCCGCCGCCGCCCCACCCCCCUCCGCUCCGCC